CUGACAACACUAAAAAAAUGCUAAGCGCAUGGCGAGAAUAGCACUGUAUUUGAGUAGGAAUUCAGCUGUAAUAUAGAGUCAAUAUGGAAUUUGAUCAGUUGUGAAGCAACAAACCGCGUUAAUGCUACAAAUCGAAGCUACUUUUUAGACACUGGCACGGUUACUGAGUUAACAGAUAAUGCGUGUUAUUUGUGUGGAGGUUAUGUGAUUAGGAAUUACAGUAGUUUGAAUAGCACAUGCUUGCAUUUAAAAUGAGUUACCGAGCUAGCGCAUUUCUUAUGUGGGAUUACUGAAGUAAUAUGUUAUACAAGGUUAACAGGUGCAAAGAGACGGCUGAGAUACCCAGCACUUGGCUCGUUGUAAAUGACAGCCGGUAUUGCUUUUCGGCAUUACAUUUCUAUUUUGAAAUUAUGCGAACUAGCCUUCUAUAAAGUAAUUAUUACACAUUUGCAAUCGGCAAAUUAUCUCGAAGCGGGAUGAUGCUACGUCUGAGAAAUAUGAUUCAAGACGAGCAAAUGGAGAUAGCAAUAUGCAUUAUACUGCGUUUGCCAGGAUUGUUUCUAUUGGACUCAUAUUACCAGAUGACGCAGGAUACCGAAGAUGCAGAGCAGACUUUCAUCGUGGCAAUCCCAAGGGCCGCUCAUAUUUUGAUUGUGUUUGUGGCACUGAUCAUGAUAACACUACCAAUGGAGCACCUAAUCACAUUUUAUAUGCAUCUCUUGAGUGCAACAUUGCUUGCUGUCUCUAAAGCUUAUUCACUUCACUAUGUGAUUAAGGAGACAUCAGAACCUGGAAAUGAAGCUGAAACUGGCACUUCCACACGGAAUUUUGAAGCACUGCUGUUCCACGUAUGUGUGUCGGCAGCCAUAACAUCACUGUUGGACUUGGAAGGGAACAGCCAUCGCACCCUACUAGCUGCCUAUACUCUGCCACCAUCAGCCCGAAUUGUGGGGGCACCAGUAUAUUGUCUCCCUACACUUCACUUCUGUGCAAAUAUUACUAUUGGAGUAUGGUUUCUUAGUUACGUACUUGUGAAACUUCCAGAUUUGUUUGCACAUUUUGUCCAUCUCUACCGUUUUGUAGUUUUUGGGGGACGCGUCUUUUAUGUCCCUGUAAUUGUGUGGCAGCAGUAUUAUCUAAUGCAGCAGCUGUUCAUUUUCUGGUGUUUGCUUGUUGUGGUGCAGCUCUACAGUUACUGCAACCCACAGGCAAUUGGUGGCAGCCCAAGGGGUGCCUUAUUGCUGGAACAGGAGUGGUAUUUGAUGUUGUUAUAUGCAGUGUCAGAAGUCUGUGCAUCUCCGUUCAGUCUGGCAGCUAGCUGCAUUGCAGUGACAUACAUAGCACGUUUUAUUUUGUUGUUUACAAAUGUUUUUGCUCAAGGGAAAUGGGAUUCAGGUUUAAUUCGUGAGCAUCCACGUGCUGGAGUAGGUGAAGGCAUUACUAUGGCACUGCUUUCUCUACAGACAGGAAUGACUCGUUUGGCAAUGCCACAACGAGUUGGAGCCAUGUCUGUGGUUCUUUUCAUUGUGUUGGGCUCCCUCAUCCAGUCAAUGCAUGAAAUGACAGAGCCCUUGCUAAUGCGUCUUUGUGCAUCGAGAAAUGUGUCAAAGUUGCGGCACAUCCGUCUUUUAUUUCUCUGCCUUUUCCUUUUAACAUUUCCAUUGUACAUGACGUACUUUUUGUGCUCUCUCUUCAAGGUUGACUUCUGGGCACUUGUUGUUGUCUCCACAUGUGCUCUCACUUCUGUGCAGGUUGCAGGAUCAAUCGUUGUUUAUUGUUUAUUCAUGUUUGAUAACCUGUACAAAGAUUCUUCAUGGGAAGCAUUGGAUGAUCUUGUUUACUAUGCUAGAGCUGUUACAAGAGUAUUGGAGUUUCUUGUUGCAGUUCUUGUAGUUGGAGCAGGCUUCCAUGAAUCAAUACUGAUGACAACGGAUGGCCAGCCUUGGUCAUGGGUAAACAGUUCUGUAUUGCUGGUGCACUGCUACUACAAUGUGUAUCUGAGGUUACAGUCAGGCUGGCAGAGUUUCCUGCUCCGCAGGGAAGCGUCACGUCGUGUGGGAGGGUUGCCAGUGGCGACUUGUGAACAGCUGGCAGCGCGUGCUCAUGAUGUUUGUCCAGUUUGCUACAUUGAGAUGACUUCUGCCUGUGUCACACCAUGUCAGCACCUCUUCCACCCAUCUUGUUUAAGAAAAUGGCUUUACGUACAAGACAGUUGUCCACUGUGCUCAUCACGAGUGAUAGAUAUUCCAAAAGUGAAAAAUGAGACCUCCAGCAGAACUCCAGAUCCUAUAAGAGCUGAGAACCAAACUCAAAAAGUUGAUGAAGCAGCCUCUAUGCCCAGCAAUUGUGCCCCUGAAGAUGUAGUGAACAGUUCAAUUAAUAAUGUAAGUGAUAUGUUUUCAGAAGCAAAGACUGAAAUAGAAACAGUCAGGAAUUCUAACUCAGAGGCUGAAGUUGUGGCUGAAACAUGCACUAGCAUGCAUAGGAGAUUUCCUGAGGAGGUUCAUGUGGAGAGAAACAAUAAUUUUGGCUCUUAUAGUGAGGAGCCCUGUUUAGCUGGUAAAGAGAAAAUUGUAAUGGGUCAGGUUGAAGAAGAACCUAUCACGGCAAAUAUAACACCAUCAUCAAAUGUUUCCAAUGAAACGGACAGUAACUGUACACCUCAGUCUCCACAUGACAGAGGGCAAAUCAUACCUUUCAGUUAUCAACUAGAGAAACAAAAUACUGAAAUAAACUGCAGUGUAGAUUUCAGAAUGCUCCCUGUACAAGAUAAAAGCACUAAGGAAGAUGUGCCAAGUAGCUCCUCCCUUGCAACAGAUGCCUGUUUAGACAAAGCUAUCCAAGAUGAGGAAAGUGAUCACUGAACAAUCAUUAUAAAUGUGUACAGCAACAAUAGUCACCAGUCAAUAGUUAUGGUCAAGUGAAUAUUUUACUCUAUUUUCCUCACUUGAUGAAUCAUUGGAACUAUUUUGGCUGUAGAUGUUGGUGUGUUCCAGGACACAGGUAUCUUAGGCAAACUGAUAACUGUAUGUGUCUGAAAGACUGAUGUUUUGUGUGUGUACAUGUGUGUGUGUGU